UCCCAAUAUAACACUCAAACCAUAGAUAACGACAUCGCAAUCAUUCAAUUAAGCCGACGGCUAGUGUUGGGUCGACUAAACUCGGGCUCAAUUUGUUUGCCCACAAAAUCAAACCGAUUAUCAGUUGGCGAUGCGCUGACAGUAAUGGGUUGGGGGGUCACCGAUACGGCCACUCAUUCAUCACUUCUCAGGACUGUAGACAUACCUAUGAUCUCACUAAACAAGUGCCGCAAACAAUACAAGCAUUUGCCAAAAGUGUAUAAAAUUACUGAUAACAUGAUUUGCGCCGGUUUUGCGUCGGGAGGAAAGGAUGCCUGCAGUGGCGAUUCCGGCGGACCUCUUGUUAAAUGUUUUGACGGCAAUACAUAUGUAUUGAUUGGAAUCGUGUCGAAAGGCUUCGGCUGCGGGCGACCAGAAAAGGCCGGCGUCUAUACCAAUGUUGCCAAUUAUGUCGAUUGGAUUUACGCUCACCUAUGA